CGACGAGGAUUGAGUCACCGGUAACCAGCGGGGAUCAGUGACUGAUGAAAAUGGCGAUCAUCCGAUAAACGUAGAAGGCGAAGUAGAAGAAGAAGAAGAAGAAGAAGGUUCUAGAAGGAAAAUGGUUCUCUGGGAGAUAACUCUAGGAACAGCCUACUUCUUGGGGCUGAGGCGGACUUAUAGGCUGGCCUUAAAGAUCCAGCGUCGGAUUGUUAGUCCGAAGCAUCCGAAAAUCCGUCAGUUUCUGCAUCGGAGGACUCGUAAAAUCUUCGAUGUGGCUGUUUCGGUUCACAAGAACAUACAGCAUAGAGACAUAGAAGUUGGUCGGAAUCUCGGAAACUGGAUUCUCCGUUGGCUCGACCGGAUGAAACCAGCGGCUCAGAUCCGUACUCGACCAGAACCACCACACUACAACACCAACUCCAACAUGGACAAGGCAAAAAGACUAUCGGAGCUGUCCCGUCCCAAAUCGCACACAAACACGACGCAGAGUCCACAAAACCGUGACUCAGAUAGGCAUUUGUUCUCCUCGUUGAAACACUUACGACACAAUCCGUUCCCGACUGUCUCUAUGAUGAUCCAACCGCCGAGACCCAGUGGAACUUCGUCUCAGUACAGACAUUACAGUGGCAGUGCAGCCGCAAGUCUGAGUCAACCGAGAUAUGUAAGAGGCGUCGGGUUCGACGGUGUAAUAAGGAAGGACAUUUUGCAGUGGAUGGUACAGAGAUGACUAUGAAGCGGCAAAAUCCAAUCAAAGUUCCAAUCUUUUUCCGACAUAAUUGAGCCUUUUUUUUUUCACUUUUAAAUUUUAAUUCCAGAAACUAUUGUGAUUGUGGAUAGAUUCGGAUGUAAGUAGAAAACAUGGCAAUAUCUUUUUCUUUCUAACGCUUAAAGUUUAUUACAACAUGGCGAUAUCUUUUUGCAAC